CAGAAUUUCAGUCUCAUCGUUAAAAAGUUCUUUCAAAUGUGAAAUUAUGUCUUCAUUCGCCGUUACUGACACCGUGGAUUGGAGACAGAACGGAGCCCUGACUGCCGUUAAGAACCAAGGGUGUUGUUGGGCGUUCUCUGCAGUGGCAGCUGUAGAAGGGAUAGUCCAAAUCACUACUGGAGAAUUAUUCUUACUUUCAGAGCAAGGGCUGGUUGACUGUGAUACAAGUGGAAGCCAAGGGUGCAAAGGAGGUUUGAUGGAUGGUGCCUUUGAAUUUAUCAUUUCCAACAACGGCCUCACCACUGAAACCAACUAUCCUUAUGAAGGAAUUGAUGGAACCUGCAGCACAGGGCAACAAUCUAACUCUAUUGCCACAAUCAUCACCGGCUACGAAGAAGUUCCCACCAAUAGCGAGGCGGCGUUGCUGGAAGCGGUGGCAAAUCAACCUGUUUCCAUUGCAAUUGACGCUGACCAUGGUGUGACCGCAAUUGGGUAUGGAACUAGCGAUGAUGGGACUAAGUAUUGGCUGGUGAAGAAUUCAUGGGGCUCUAGUUGGGGCAUGGAGGGUUACAUAAUGACGGAGACAGAUAUUGAAGCUCCAGAGGGACUUUGCGGCAUUGCCAUGGAAGCCUCUUAUCCAACUGUUUGAGAAUCAAACAUGCAUAAAUGGCGGAGCUAGGAAAAAAAUUUUAGGGGGCCAAAUGAAACACUAAUAAAGAACUAGAUUUGAA